AUGCCCAAGGACGGCGCAACAUCGACUGCACCCAUCUAUCCACUGACUGGCAAUGACAUGGCCUGCGGUCGUGAUGGCGAGGACGCCGUGCCAUUCAUCUGCCCAGCCACGGGUGGUUCCACGCUCACCUUUGAGUUUCGCGAAUGGCCCAACGCCGAGAAGCCUGGGUCGAUUGACGAAUCCCACCAGGGGCCCUGCUCCGUCUACCUGAAAAAAGUAGACGAUAUGUUCUCCGAUUCUGCGGCCGGCGACGGCUGGUUCAAGAUCUGGGAGGACGGCUACGAUGCCGACACGGGCAAGUGGUGUGUCGACACUCUCAUCGAAAACAAUGGCCUCUUGUCCGUGGACCUGCCCACUGGCCUCCCGAGCGGCUACUACCUCGCCCGUCCGGAGCUGCUGGCUCUGCACCAAGCGUAUAGUGGGGACCCGCAGUUCUACCAGUCCUGCGCGCAGAUCUUCAUUGAGAACGGGCCGGAGACCGAGCUCGCCAUCCCAAGCGAGUACGCGGUCAGCAUCCCCGGCUACAUCGAGGCGGAUCACCCCGGCUUGACGUUCAACCUGUACUCGGACUCGCCGACGGACUACAAGAUCCCCGGGCCACCCGUGUACAUUCCCGUCUCGUCGUCCUCUGGCAAGAAGCAGAUUCAGUCUGAAGGAGCCAUCCCGGACAGCUGCAUCCUGAAGAACGGCAACUGGUGCGCCAAACCGGUGCCCGCGUCCAGCGACGUCGAGAGCUGCUGGGACAGCGUCGAUGAUUGCUGGGCGCAGGCGGAGCAGUGCUGGGACUCGGCGCCCGUGUCCGGUGGCGCCGGCUGUGAAGUCUGGGCCGACUACUGCACGAGUCUUGGCUCGGCAUGCGAGGCUGGCGACUACAACGGUCCAGCCAAGUUCGCCGGCGAGGAAGUCUUUGCGCCUUUGCCGGGUGCGAUCCCCGAAUCCUAUGGCAAUGUGUUUGAGACGACCAAGGUCACCACUGGCGUUGGCAAAGUGGUCGAGGACGAGGAGGCCGCACCCAGUGAGCCCGAGGAUGUCGAGGAGCCAGCCGUGUCUGAGCCCGUGCUUGACCCUGCCCCUGAGCCUGAACAGCCUGAGCCUGAACAGCCUGAGCCUGAACAGCCUGAGCCUGAACAGCCUGAGCCUGAACAGCCUGAGCUAGUGGUCUCUGAAGACGGUCGCUGUGGUGGCGAGACUGGCCAAACCUGUGACUGUAAGGAAGCGGACGCCAUCUACAGCUCUGUCACCUACCAACGCUCCCAUUACGACAUGUACAAGCGCACCCCGGAGAGUCUCUACGCCGUCGGCUACCUCACUGGCAGCGUCAAGGGCGAGCUUGUGGAUGUUGACAAGGAGAUAGAAAAGGGGUACAGCCACAUGUCCACCACCAGCGAGUCGGCCUGCAACACAGUCGAGCGCGGCGCCCCCGAUUUCAACGACUCCUUCACUGCCUGCCUGCCUUCCAAGCGACCUCUACCGAAGUCUCCCCCACGAAAGCACGCCCGACCGAUCUUCCAGAACCACCCGCGCCUCAUCUCCCAAGCAGACGGACGGACGCACUCGCCCAUCAUGUCGAGUAAUCGCAACUAUGACUUUCUCAUCAAGCUCCUCCUCAUAGGUGACUCGGGCGUCGGCAAAUCAUGCUGUCUCCUGCGCUUCAGCGAGGACUCCUUCACCCCCUCGUUCAUCACCACCAUUGGCAUCGACUUCAAGAUCCGCACGAUUGAGCUCGACGGCAAACGUGUCAAGCUCCAGAUCUGGGACACGGCGGGCCAGGAGCGCUUCCGCACCAUCACCACCGCCUACUAUCGCGGUGCCAUGGGCAUCCUGCUCGUGUACGAUGUCACCGACGAGCGAUCAUUCAACAACAUCCGCACAUGGUUCGCCAACGUGGAGCAACACGCCACCGAGGGCGUCAACAAGAUUCUCAUUGGCAACAAGUGCGACUGGGAGGACAAGCGCGUCAUCAGCACCGAACAGGGCCAAGCCCUCGCCGACGAGCUCGGCAUCCCCUUCCUCGAGGUCUCCGCCAAGAGCAACAUCAACAUUGACAAGGCAUUCUACUCGCUGGCCGCCGACAUUAAGAAGCGUCUCGUCGACAACUCCAAGAGCGAGCAGUCGGCGAGCACAGGCGUCAACGUCGGCGACAAGGCGAGCAGCGGUGGCAGCAAGUGCUGCUGA